CGACCAAGCUGGGUCGGGCAUCGAUCUGGGAGAGAGGGCUGUGGCAAGGAUAAGGAAGAAUGGCAGGUCCGACAGCCGCGGGGCGUAAGGAUGGCAGCGACCAGCUCUUCGCUUCGGCCCGGCUCUUCCUCCUGCUUCAGCUCGCUUCACGGCUUGGUACCUUUGCACUCAACCAGUUCCUCAUCCGCAUCACCUCGCCCGAUGUGUUUGGCGCCACGACGAUACAGUUCGAGCUGCUCAUGGGCCUCAUUUUGACCGCGGCAAGGGAAGGAGUACGCUGUGUCAUCCUCAGAGAAGGCAACAGGAUACAGAGCGCGCGCACCACCGAGAAUGGACAAUGUGUACCGAGUACGGUGCUACUGCCGCCCAACGAGCAGGUUGCGCACAAUCUGUCCUUUGUAGCGGUGGCCAUCGGCGCAUUAUUUGACGUCUCGCUUUCCUUUUUCUAUAUACGCCAUGCAUCCAGCACGCUGCGCUCCUCGCCGCACUUUGCCCCUACCGUCACGCUGUUCGCCGUCGGAGGCAUCUUGGAGCUGCUUUCCGAGCCGCUUUUCAACCGCGCGCAAGUGCUGGGAAACGUGCAGCUGCGCGUACGUGCAGAGGGGCUUGCCAUUUUGGCUAACUGCGCCACCAUCCUCGCGUGCAUGGUCAAGCCGGAAUGGUUUGGCGUUGGCCGCCACCUCGGCUCGACGUACGGCCUGAUGGCCUAUGGCUGGGGCAGGCUCAGCUUCGGGCUUGUCAUUCUGCUCUGCUAUGUGUACGCCUUCCAUCGCAGCAUCGGCGCUCGAAGGACGAGGGCUCUACUCUGGCCGCGCAAAGCCAUCGUGCACGGUCAAUCGCGCUACCUCAGUCCGAAAGGCAUUUCCAUUUCGUGGGCAAUGGGCAAACAGGCGAUGCUCAAACACGUCAUGGGCGAGUCGGACAAAAUCGCUGUUGCGCGUCUCGGUACACUCGAAGACCAAGGCGGGUACGCACUCGCCUCCAACUAUGGAAGCCUCAUCCUGCGCAUCCUCUUCAAUCCUGUUGAAGAAGCUUCCCGCAUCACCUUCUCCAAGACUCUGGGGCACAUUCUGAGCGCGCAGGAUGGCUCUGUGAUGAGCCUCUCUGUGGACGAUGAGAACGCACUGCAAUCCGCAUCCUCGAUGCUGGCAGGAAUUCUGCGUCUUCAUAUCCUCCUGGGGCUUUUUUUCGCGACCUUUGGUCCACCACUCUCCCGUUCGGCCAUCUACCUACUCGCAGGAGAUCGAUGGGCUUGCGGUACCACCGCGCCGAUCAUCCUCGGCGCAUACGCCUGCUACAUUCCCGUCCUGGGUAUCAACGGCAUUGCUGAGGGGUUUCUCACCGCGACAGCGGGGCCCAGGCAGCUCGGCACGUAUAAUUGGAUCAUCAUGCUCAGCAGCGCAACCUUCAUAAUGUCUUUGUGGCUGCUACAAUGGGUGCCGGCCCUCCACCAGACUGCGCUAGUCUGGAGCAGUGCACUGUCAAUCGGCGUGCGCGCCGCCUACUCUUGGUGGUACAUGCUAUGGUUCUUCUCACUCCAACCCAGUGCGAAACAUGCAGCCAACAUGGCACCUACUGCCAUCCUGCCGUCGACACCUUCGCUCAUUACCUUUGCAGUCUCGGCGUACCUUCUGCGCGCAGCGCUUGCCUCAGCACGUGUAGGGGGCUCAUGCCCUGUCAAUGUGCGGCAGGUCGUGCCUUCCAUAGGCAUUGGCGCCUUUUUCACGCUCGCUUGCCUGUUUGCAUGUUUCACAUUCGAGCGACGAAAACUGUCCGUAGCACUGUCCGCCGUGCGCUCGAGGGGAAAAAGCAAGGCGUCUUGAAAUGUCAUAAUAGCGUAGGGGAUACAUGCUGCGUGGGGAAACAACAAGCUACAAUUACCUGCGCGAUAGAUCUUGAAACGCCGACUCGAUACAGUUCUUGAUCUGUAGGGCAAAAAAGCAAGACUUGAGCGGCAGUUUCUGGAGCGCUCGCACUGCACACGCUCACCUCUCUGUAACUUGCGAUGAUGCAGCUCUGU